AUGGAGGUAGUAAUGGAGGAUAGGAAUGAAUGUGAACUCGAUUGGGAGGAUGAAGACUGCAAGAAGGGGGGAUUCUCACUAGUAGGGAAGCUGGUUUCCUCCAAGCAAGUGAACCUUCCAACUUUUCGGAAAAUGAUUGUGCGUAUCUGGAGAUUGAAAGAUAAUGGUAGAGGCGGAAUUGGUUACAUCCUGCGCAAUUCAAAUGGGCAAGCGGUGGAUCUCUAUUGCAAACCUUGUGUGGUGUCUUCAGCAUUCCAAGCAGAAGCACAUGCACUUCAUGAAGCAGCUUUUAAGGUAAAAGAUAGAGACCUGGGACCAGUGAUUUUUGAAUCUGAUUGCCAGCCAUUGGUUUAUGCUGUGAAAGGCCAGAAUUCUUGUCCUGAAUGGCAAGCCACAAGGAUUGUUGAGGAUUUAAGAUUUGUUGUUUAG